AUGGUGGACAGUGAGCUUGCUCCCAAGUUUGCCCCCUUCUUUGGGAUGGCCGGUAUAGCUGCUGCUUCGCUGAUACCCGUCGUCAUGGCCGGUAUCAUUGCCGUGUACGGGCUUGUCGUUGCCGUCCUCAUUGCUGGAGACCUAGGGCCACCACCAGAGACCCAUUACAGCUUAUAUACUGGGAGUUUGCACCUUGCAGCUGGACUUUCGGUCGGCCUCGCAGGCCUUGCUGCCGGUUAUACCAUUGGAAUAGUCGGCGAAGCUGGAACGCGCGCCUACAUGCAGCAAUCCAAAGUGUUCGUGGGUAUGGUGUUGAUUUUGAUUUUCGGAGAAGUUCUGGGUCUAUACGGAUUGAUUGUCGGCUUGAUUCUGAACUCGAAGAGCUCUGCCUAG